AUGUCUUUGGAGCGGAAGCUGCGGCUCAAUCAAGAUCAGUUCCAGCAAUAUCAAGCAGUACUACAAGAAUACCUGGAUUUGGGACAUACGUCGGAGCUCCGAGGUAUCAAUGAUAUAGGAGAAGGCUACUACUUACCUCAUCACGGCGUCACAAAAAUCACCAGCGAAACCACGAAAUUACGAGUUAUAUUCGACGGUUCGACAGCAACGACAACUGGUUUGUCGCUCAACGAAACGUUGCACAUUGGGUCUAAAAUUCAAGAGGACUUAUUACACAUCCUCAUUAGGUUUAGGAGUCAUCGUUUCGUUUUAAUCGGAGAUAUCGAGAAAAUGUACCGGCAAUUCAUUGUACGUCCGGAAGACUGGAAGUACCAACGAAUCGUUUGGCGCGAUUCCGACGGAGAACUAAAGACGUAUGAAUUGAACACCUUCGGUUUAUCAGCAGCUCCAUAUUUGGCCAUCCGCUGCCUUUCGCAAUUAGCCGAAGAUGAAGGACAUCGAUUUCCCAUCGCGGCUCAGAUUCUAACACGGGAUUUUUACGUAGACGACUUACUCACGGGAACUUCGACAAUAACGGAAGCAUUAACUUUGUGA